GCCCCCUCCUCCAGUCGCUGCGGCAGCAUACAUACAACAGGCACAGACCAUAAACGCCACAGCAUUACGGGUGUUUAUGGAGAACGUGUCGGUCAACAGAAGGGUUUUAUUCAAUUAAACAGGGAACAAGCUGAACGAGCGCUUAAAGUAAACACCACUGUCAACAUUUGUAGUCUGUCAGGGCGUAGAGGAGGGCUGCUAACUAGCCUAUGUUAGCGUAGCUAACACAGAAGCGGAUUGACUUUGUCCCUGGAGAUAAGUGUAACAAACAGUUUGCACAGUUUUAUUGUUUAGGUGCACCGCGAAGUAAUAUCAAAGGCUUGCUUCAAAGGGUGUCGAGUUCCUCUCCAUACAGAUAAUAUUGAACUUCCCCUCCGCUGUGUGACGUUGACGAGCGGUGAUGGACUUUGUUGCUGGAUGCAUCGGAGGUGCUGCUGGAGUCCUGGUUGGACACCCGUUUGACACAGUCAAGGUGAGACUACAAAUUCAGAGUAUUGAUAAGCCACUGUACCGGGGGACUUUCCACUGUUUUCAGUCCAUUAUACGGCAGGAGUCGGCAUUUGGUUUGUAUAAAGGCAUUGGCUCCCCCAUGAUGGGCCUUACAUUCAUCAAUGCUAUAGUGUUUGGUGUUCAGGGAAACACCAUGCGUCUGCUGGGACAUGACACCCCCAUGAACCAGUUCCUUGCUGGCGCAGCAGCGGGUGCUCUUCAGUCUGUCCUCUGCUGCCCCAUGGAGCUGGCCAAAACCCGCAUGCAAAUGCAGGGUACCGGAGAAAAGAAGUCCUCCAGGAGGUUGUACAAAAAUUCCCUGGACUGCUUGGUACGCAUUUAUAAACGUGAGGGUCUGGUGGGAGUAAACAGAGGCAUGGUGACAACAUUAAUCCGUGAAACACCUGGCUUUGGAGUGUAUUUCCUGGCCUACGAUGUGCUGACCCGCAACAUUGGCUGUGAGCCCAAUGACCGUUACAUGAUCCCCAAACUGCUGUUUGCCGGGGGCAUGGCUGGCAUCGCCUCCUGGCUCUCCACCUACCCCGUGGAUGUGAUUAAGUCACGCCUCCAGGCAGAUGGAGUGGGUGGAGUCAACCAGUACAGCAGCAUUGCUGACUGUGUGAGACAGAGUGUCAGGAAAGAGGGCUACAUGGUGUUCACACGGGGCCUCACCUCCACACUGCUGCGAGCCUUCCCCGUGAAUGCAGCUACCUUUGCCACCGUCACCCUGGUUCUCAUAUACGCUCGAGGGGACCAAGCAGGACCACAGGAAUGUGAGCCGGCUCAGACGAGCCACCACGCACAGAUACAGUCACAGAGCCAACCUUCCAGCCUGUGACUGCAAUCACACAUCACACUCAAUCUGGGCACUUUGAAAGAUGAGUUCUACAAUCCAACCCUUCAUGAAUGUGUGACUCAUUCAAUAGAGUCGUUCCCAGUCUCGAGGCAGAAAUAAAAACACCGGAAUGGUGUUUGCUCCAAUAAGACGAGUCUCAGUGAGAUGGAAAAUAUAAGCAACUUACUGUUACUGAGCUACAAAACUGAUUGUGGAUGGGUAGUGUGCGUCGUAAUGGCAUUGAAAGUCUAUAUCUGUUAAUAAUACCUUAACCUGUGUAUAUAUAAACUGGUUUGAAUUUGUUCCUUUUUUAUCUAUAUUGGAACCAAAGUUCCUGCCUUGCAAUAGCAAAACCUUUUAUUUUUUAUAAGGGAGCUGAAGUAAUUGUUUGUACAUGAGCUGUGUCCUCUGAAGAGCUAAGUGAACAAGAGACAACAUGUAGCAUAAGGUGCAGGCCUUAUCAUUUUUGUUUCAUUUCGUACCAAAAAGUACACAACACAGCUAUGAUCUGAUUUAAAAACUCAACUGGUCUGGUGUGAAGGGCUCUGUGGUCGGUGGCGUUAUGUUUGUGUCUUCUUCAGUUGUCAGUUGACCUAUUCCAGAAGUCAAACAUGGCACUACAACCUGGUACUGUAAUUGUCCCGCUAUUAUCAUCUUUAUAAAUCGUCCACCUAAAUAUGAACUUUGAAUAUAUUUUUGAUUUGAGUGCCCUUGAAAUGUUUUUAAAAGUUUUUUCUUCUAAUUUUAAUUUUUAAGAGGCCAACUGCAGCCAUUGUUCUAAAAGGGUAACUCACUAUAAAUGAUUAAAUGCGGCGAGAAUCUCAGCAAUUUAACGUUUGUCAUUUCAAUGCCAACAAUCGAUUCAACAACCAAAACAUGUUGAUUCUUUGACUAUCUCUAAAAGAGCAGCACAAAUAAGUCUAAUCAUGUUUUCAUCUUGGGUCUUUGUUCUUUAAAACACUAUGCCAAAAUGUCAGAAUAGGACCCCAAAGAAAUUCUAAUUAUUUUUCCUAAAACAUAAAAGGUGUUUAUUUUGUGUACUAAUAUUUAAAAUACUGUAUUUAACCUUUUGGGCUUUGGUAAGACUUAUUUAUUUGUAUUGCAGUUAUUAUUGAGUGGGAAUUGUCUGCUUUGUGCAUGUAUCAUUGUCUGGUGCUCUUCUCUGUAUUCUUCUGACUAAAAUGUUGAAAUUCCCGUUGUACGGCAAACAAGAGUUGCUCUGGGUGCUAACACACUGCUGUCACUGGUGACUCACAAAUCGAGCCGAGUCAUCAUCUCUGUCAGAAGCUGUUACAUUUGCAACGGAUGAAUGAAUGACGAAUGAAUGGAACUUGUGCAGUGCUGCUGGGACACUUGAAAAUCCCCAUGGUUUUAUUGCAGUUUGAUGACUAAAAAUGCAGGUGGAGGAAAAUGCAAAGGGAUGGUAUAAUGUGAGUUAAAGGUUCUUGUAUUUAAGUCUAUCUGUUAGACUGUGAGGAGGUGUGUCACAUCUACAAGAAAGCUGUAGAAUCACAGUUUAAAAUGAAGUCCAGCUCAUGUGAGAGAUGCAAUAUGUACAGGAAGUGACUGUAUUACUGUGAAAUUGUGAGUGAUUAUGUACAUAUAAUGUAUUUUUCGGUCUGAAAUAGUGCAGUUCUUGAGUUAAAACAGUUUUCAAGUCAAGGUUUGAGUUUGUUGCUACACUGAAGAGAUUUUACCCGAAUAACUGGGACAUGAUAUUUUUGUAACAUAGGUGUAUAAUAACCUAUUGUAUUGAUUUGUGACUGGAGAUUUGUGCUAAUGAAUGAAUAAAUCAAUAAAUAAAAAUGA